AUGUUGACUGUGUUCUUUUUCUUUUAUGCUUCUUCACCACCGGCACCUAACGAGACUUUAUUUUUCUCUUUUUCCUUCAAUUUCUCUCUUUCUUUCUCUCUCUCUUUCUUGAUCCCUUCUCUCUCUCUUUUUCUCUCUCUUUUUCUCUCUUACCCUCUCUCUUUUACUUUCUCAUUCUCUCACUCUUAUUUGCUUUCUUUCUCUCUCUCUCUCUCACUUUUAUUCUUUCUUUCUCUCUCUCUCACUCUAGAUUUCUCUCUUUUUCCCUCACUUUCUCUCUUUCUUUCUCUCUCUCUCUUUCUCGAUCACUUCUCUCUCUCCCUAUUUCUCUCUGUCUUUUUCUCUUUCCCUCUCUCUUUCACUUUCUCAUUCUCUCACUCUUAUUUGCUUUCUUUCUUUCUCUCCCUCUCUCACUUGCAUUCUCUCUUUCUCUCUUUCUCUCUCUCUCUCACCCUUACUUUCUCUCUUUCUCUCUCUCUCACUCUAGAUUUCUCUCUUUUUCCCUCACUUUCUCUCUUUCUCUCUCUUUCUCUUCCUCGCUCCCUUCUCUCUCUAUUUUUCUCUCUCUCUCUUUCGUUUUCUCAUUUUCUCUAUCUCUUUUUCUCUCUUUCUCUCUCUCACUCUUGCUUUCUCUCUUUUCUCUUUCUUUCUCUUUCGCAGGAAUGUCGAUCGGGAAACGACAUAUUAUUUUAA